AUGACUCUCGAGAAGCUCGCGACGUGCGUUUGGACUGUGAAGUUAAUUUCGGAGUAUGAAAAUGGCAUUAACGAUAUCAGUGACUUGGAUGGUCUUGCUGUUCUCCCCCCUCUCCAUCUCCCUCCAGUUUCCGUUGUCCGCUCUCCGAUGGACACUGUUGCUCAGCUAACACAUGAUCAAUUGCCAAAUGCAGCUUCUCAUUCGCACUCCACGCUAGCCACGGUCACAUCGCCGCUGCGCAGACAAGUCCAUCCAGAGCAAUAUCACAUCUACGGCCACAAGCGCAGUAUAGUCGUGGUCGCCCUUGCUCUGGUCCUGUUUGUUUCUGCGCUCGAUUCUACCAUCGUUUCUGUAGCACUACCUGUCAUUGGAGCUGACUUUGACGACUACUCACAGGCAAGCUGGGUCGUCACCGCUUAUUUGAUAACGUACACAGCGUUCCUUCCCAUUGUCUCGAAAUGCACGGACAUCUUUGGGCGGAGACCCAUCCUGGUAUUCUCCACGCUAUUCUUCAUGCUUUGGUCUGGGGCUUGUGGUGGCGCCAAGACCAUGAAGCAACUCAUCGUAUUUCGCGCUCUGCAGGGAAUUGGUGGUUCGGCGAUCUAUUCUGCUGUUAUCGUUACGAUCAGUACUAUUGUGCCUAGAACAGAAAUUGCCAAAUAUAUCCCAGUGAUCGGUACAGUAUUUGCCAUGAGUAGCGUCGCAGGCCCACUCAUUGGAGGUGCAAUUGUUUCCCAUAUCCACUGGGGCUGGAUAUUCUUCGUGAAUUUGCCCAUAGGCGCCAUUGGCACUUGCCUUCUCCUUUAUGGGCUGAAGGACCCACAACAAGAACCGCUCAGCUGGAAUAUAAUUGCCCGUCGUGUAGACUGGAUCGGUAACUUUCUUCUCCUCGCCAGCAGCGCCCUAAUUUCUUUUGCACUCCAAGUCGGGGGUUUAUCCUAUCCGUGGAUUUCGGCCAAAGUUCUUGCUCCGAUUAUCAUAUCUGUAUGCCUGUUACCACCUCUCGUAUACUUCGAGACUCGACAUCCAGAACCCGUCAUCCCGCUCAGUCUGUUCAAGGACCGGAACUACUCUCUAAUAGUCAUUUUCACGCUCUGUCUCGGAGCUGGCUGUUACACAACUACGAUAUUCCUUCCACAACGAAUGCAAGUGGUCGAUCUCGCCUCGCCGAUCACUGCGGGCGUACGGAUGCUCCCGCAGCUCCUGCUCACAGGGCUCAUGUCCAUCGUGGCCAGUGCAAUCGUCAUGAAGACACAUCGCUUCCGUGGGAUUAUGUGGGCUAGCGCAUCCCUUGCACCCGUUGUAUGCGGCCUUUUCUCCAUCCUCACCGUGCACACGUCCUUCUCUCAGCAGUACGGUUUCGAGGCGCUCGCAGGUAUCGCGUUCGGGACGACAUUGCCCGUGUCGACGAUCAUCGUACAAUUUAGCAUUGAGCGCUCAGAGAUCGCCUCUGCCACAGGUUUCCAGUCGUUCACAUGGCAGCUUGGCGCGCUGAUCGGCAUCGCUGCCGACACUGCCAUCCUGAAUGGUGUUGUCAUGAGCCGUCUCAACCUCCUCGCGGACAAUAACGGCCCACUCGCGGACCCUGCCCUACGCGGGGCUAUCUUGCAAAAUCCAGCCGGAAUGUUGAGCAAACUCGAUUCCGUGUCGCGGGCUUAUGUACAGGACGCGUAUAGCAGUGGGUUCUCAAAGGUUUUCAUUUUUGCUGCCGGAUGUCUCGCGGCUGGAGCAUUGGCGACCUUUGGGCUAUUGCACGUAUUUCCUUCCGACCUCAUAGCCGAUACGGAAGACGCGCGGAAACCAAAUGGUCAACCAAAUGGGAGGUGGUCAGACGAUGUUGACACAGGAAGCAGCGUGAUGUUGAUAGGCGCACUCACGGAUGACACGGACUAA